GACUCACGUACGCCACAUAUGGCGCCGCCGGCGCUCUCACGGUCGUGGGACUCUAUAUGCUUUUCCAGGGCGAAGGAGAAGCAUUCAAUGUCGGCGCAUUCCUCGAAUCGAUAUCACCAUACGCAUGGGCAAGCACGGGCAUCGGCUUCUGCAUAGGCCUGUCAGUCGUGGGAGCAGCAUGGGGCAUCUUCAUAACCGGCACCUCCAUCCUCGGCGGCGGCGUGAAAGCGCCCCGAAUCCGAACGAAGAACUUGAUCUCCAUCAUCUUCUGCGAAGUCGUCGCCAUCUACGGCGUCAUCAUGAGCAUCGUCUUCUCCGCCAAAAUCACCGCCAUCCCCUCCGACGCGCUGCACAGCGGGACAAACUACUUCACCGGCUAUGCGUUGUUUUGGUCCGGGGUGCUGGUGGGGAUGUGUAACUUGGUGUGUGGUGUUAGUGUGGGCAUCAACGGGAGUAGUGCUGCGUUGGCUGACGCUGCCGACCCGAGUCUGUUCGUGAAGAUCCUCGUCAUUGAGAUCUUCUCUUCCGUACUCGGGCUGUUUGGUUUGAUCAUCGGGCUGCUACUCAGCAGCAAUGCGCCAGACUUCCAGGAUCUGUCAUCAUAGCCAGAAGAAAGUGUCGGAGUGAGAGUUUGACCUUGACGUGAGCGACCUGCACUACCGGCAUUGCAAAGCUGUCAAGCGAGCUUUAGCGACCUGGUCCUUUGUAUAUAG